AUAUUAUCUGCGAAUAAGCUUUACGGAGAUGUGAAGACGUUGGGUUCUCUGAAUGCUAGAAGUUUAUGAAAGUUCUGUUGCAUAACCUUUAGAUAUAUGAGUGAGGUUUACUAUGAUGUGCUCGAAAAUAUCCGAAAAUAUCGAAGUUCAACGCAUGAACAUUUGGAAUAUACCGAUAUAACAACAUAUUUACAAUACUGUAAGCAAACGACCUUCAAAACAAAGUCAAACAUUAUAUUGCAAACAUAGUAUAGCUUACAGCAAGAUUUGAAAUUAAAUUGCAAUUUCGGAUUAUAAUUUUAAGCAGAAACUCUGGUGAUGUAUUAAAUGGAUAUGAUAUCGUUUUGAUAUCAACAAUAAUGAAAGAAUACAUGCGACGAAAAUACAAUAUUAGGGCAUACACGUGAUUCUAUUUUACGUUUCAACUAUUGAACUGCAAAUUAACAAAAUUAAAGAACUCUAUAAAUUACAAGAAGAGGAUCUGAGAAUUGUGUUUGUUGACCGGGAGGUAAACUGUAUCAACUAUAUGCAUGGUAUUGUCAACAGCAGCUAGCUCGGACAUGCGGCAUAGGAACAACGCCAUCAUGUUCCCUCCAGACAGUUUCAAACCCAUGACAGGAGUCUACCGAAUGCACAUAAAUGAAACGAAAAAGGUAGUAGAGGUAUGUGUGAAGAUUGUGAAGAUAGGAGAGAUCGACACUCUCCAUGAGCAGUACACGGCAGAGGUCCUCGUCAAGGCAAAGUGGAGAGAGCCUGCCCUUGACUUUGUGCAGGAUGCCAAGGGUGUUGAUUUGGGGAACUACUGGCACCCAAAGCUGUAUAUAGCAAACACAAUAGGGACACCUAGUGUUGCAGAGACUAACACUUUUACCAUAGACAAAAACCAUGAGGCAUACAUGCGUCUUGAGAGACGCACAAGAGGCAUGUUUAUGGAAACACUAGAAUUGAGGGAGUUCCCAUUUGACAUACAGGAUCUAGCCGUUACUGUUGUAUCAGACCGUAUAGAGGAAGUCCAGAUCAUCCAAGACAGGGACGAGUACUCCAGUGUCUAUAGGUCGGACUUCGCCGAUGCCCAGGAGUGGUACCUCUACAGUAACGUGGACGUGGAAGAGACGAUCGCCCCAUAUGGUCACCGAACACGUUCCGCCCUAGUUGUCAAAAUGAAAGCUGCAAGACGGCCAAAGUACUUCAUAUGGAAUAAUUUCUUUGUGACGUUCGUUAUCACUGCGCUGUCGUUCUCCACGUUUGCUGUUAUACCAAAGUUGGUACAAAAUCGUCUCCAGCUGUCGUUCACCCUCCUCCUAACGUGUGUCGCCUACAAGUUUGCAGUGAGCCAGAACUUGCCCAAAAUACCAUACCUUACGUACCUAGAUCGUUACGUGUUAUUUGGAAUCACAACAUUAGCGUUAAUCUGUGUGUGGCAUGCUCUAGUGACUCUCUUUCUGGAGCACCCAAAGGUGGCUCUCAUGGACAUGAUCGUACUUAUAACACUAGCUUCCAUAUUUGUCCUAUUUAAUGUUACGUUCGCAAUAUAUAUCUAUGCGACAUUUAAGAGAAGGCAAAGAAGUGCUGCACCUCAAAAGCCCCACGGGUACGUUCAAUAUACAGAUGCAGAAAACGCUCCUGUGUCGCCACCUGCUAUGGAAAAACGUGAAGAACACACCCAUCUAUAAUGACGCUAACGCUAUUUACUAUUACAAUCUGACAUUCGUUAAUUUUGUACAGAAUAUUUAAAAAGCACUUAUUAGAACAUUUAUGUAUAUAUGGACGUUUUGUAUGGUAUCGUUUCCAACUGAGUUGCUCAAUUGUAAUUGUAUUUUAAUUAAAAUGUGCCAGAACAUACCGAGUAUGUAUAGUUAGCUAGACCACCCUGUCCAUAAUGGUUUAAAUGAAACACUGGAACAAACUUUUGAAAUACAUUUA